UUCUUGUCACAUUACCCAUUUUCCUCUUUGAGUUUGUACUUCUGUUGCAAAUAAUAGAAUCAUCAUCAAAACAUUAAUGAAUCUGUGGAGGCACGUCUCUCUGUAGUAACUUCUCUACUUCAGCAGGCUCAAAUAAUAAGAAUUGUUUCCAUUGUUGUAGAACUGUCUUUAAUGUUUGGCUCCUGGACAGAGUUGUUUUUAUUUUAUUUAAUCAAUGAGAGAAGUUUCAGUAAAGCCAGUGUAAGUCUACAGAUCUGAGACUCACAGUGCAUCAUGGUGCAUGAGUUAACUUAUAUCAUAAAACCCUUAGAUAACCAGUUUGAACCUAGCAACAUUUUGGUCAUUUCUGGAAGUUCUAGCAUUCUAGUAUGUUCCAUCAACCAUCUUUGUUUUCUUGACUUUCUCUUCCUGUAUUCAGGUUAGGACUGUGACACUCUGGAGAAAUCUUUUUGACAUGGGUAUGCCUUCCAGCUAACCCAGGGAUGAAAAGAAAAACAGAAGAGUAUUCAUGGAAGCCAGUACCACAGAGCAAAUCUUCUCCAUGUGACCGAUUCAAGCAUGCCUGCUGCAUCUGCAGGGGGUUUCUUUAUGUUUAUGGUGGACGGCAAAAUACUAGCUUGAAUGAUUUCUGGCGAUACAAGAUAGAGAAUAAUGAAUGGGAGAGACUGGAAAACUCAGAAGAUGGCCCUGAAGAACUGGAGGAGCACACAAUGGUGGAUUAUCAGGGUAUCCUCUAUAUCUUUGGUGGAAUGGUGGAUUCUGCUUUCACACUGAGAAAGAAUCCUCUUUGGAUGUAUGACACUGAUUCAGCUAAGUGGAUGGAGCGCCAACUCACAGCAGGGGAGAGUGAGGGAACGGCUCCAGUUAAUCGGAAGGGCCACAGUGCUGUCGUCUACAAAGGAAUCAUGUACAUGUAUGGCGGAUACGUUGACCUUAAGGGUGCUUCUCAAGAAUUCUGGACUUUAUGUCUAAAUAAAAAACAGUGGACACCAGCUGUAUCUUACGGUGGUAGCCCAGGUCCUCGACAUGGCCACUCAGCUGUGGUUCAUGGCAACAACAUGUACUUGUUUGGAGGGCUGAUGGGUCUGAGUGAACAAAAAGACUUCUGGAAGUGGGAUUUCAUGGCUGCCAACUGGUCUAGUAUCAGAACGAGUCACGGGCCUCCUAAAGUGGUGGGACACUCAGCUUUAAUAUUUGAAGAUUCCAUGCUGCUCUUUGGCGGAGGAAUUGCUAAUACCAGGUCAAGCAGUAUUCUGUGGAAAUACCAUUUUCCAUCUCAGAUGUGGAAACAACUGGCUAGGACAACAGAAUCUUCAUCCAAAGCUUUUCACUGCAUGUUGGGGAUUGGAUAUGGCUUCCAAGGGAUUGCUGGUUCUUCAAGGAAGUCACUCAGCUAUUUGCAUCAGAAGGAAAUGGGUUGUUCAAAGCUACUGGCCAUCUCUAAGCAGCAUGCCUGUUUCUGUGAGUAUAUUCACCAGGAGCCCUCAUACCAAACAUUCAGCAAUGACGGUAGCACUGAAAUUGAAAUGAAAACCUUUUACCUGUCUCAGGAGGAGCCAGGAUUUUGCUCACGCCAAACCACUUCAAGUUCAGAACUGAGUGUAAAUGAGAAAGCAUGCAUAUUGUCCGAGAGAGAGAGAACAUCCUACCUAAACCUACCAAGAGAACAGGACUUUACAGAGGAAAAUGCAAGUUUCAUUGAUCUGACACCUGCCUCUGUGGACAUUUGUGAGUCUUCUGCCUCCAUGGACAUUAGUGAGUCUUCUGCUGUGCUGCUGCUUAUUGGAGGUAAACCUUUGUCAAGUUCCUCUUCAAUUUCAUUUUGGCAAAUGGAGCUAGACAAAAUUUAAAUAGUGCAUAUACACAUACUAAGGAGUGAGAACAAAAAUACACCCUGUUGUAUUUUACCCAUUUUGUCAUGAAACCAAAAUGUCAUGUGAAUAUGAAGUAUCUAAGUAUUUGAGAAUGACAGCGUUACCACUUCAUGGAGCCACUCACUCAGGGAAAUAAACCAUGCUGCUAUUUUCAAUGAAUUGGUUUAGGCCCGCAUACUUGGAUUAAGCAGGGACGCGGGUGGCACUGUGGGUUAAACCACAGAGCCUAGGACUUGCCAAUCAGAAGGUCGGCGGUUCUAAUCCCCACGAUGGGGUGAGCUCCCGUUCCUCGGUCCCUGCUCCUGCCCACCUAGCAGUUCAAAAGCAUGUCAAAGUGCAAGUAGAUAAAUAGGUACCGCUCCGGUGGGAAGGUAAACGGCGUUUCCGUGCACUGCUCUGGUUCGCCAGCAGCGGCUUAGUCAUGCUGGCCACAUGACCUGGAAGCUGUACGCCGGCUCCCUCGGCCAAUAAAGCGAGAUGAGCGCCGCAACCCCAGAGUCGGUCACGACUGGACCUAAUGGUCAGGGGUCCCUUUACCUUUACUUGGAUUAAGCAGUAAUCAGUGUGAAUGCAGAAAAAGCGUCCAGUAAACCUGCUGCUUGUUCCUACAGCUAAUUAUUUUAUUUAUAUAGAGCAGAGCUGCUCAAAUUGUGGCCCAUGGUGGUCUUCAGCAUGGCUCUGGAUUUGUAGUUGAAGAUGGAACAUCAAUAGUCGUGUUGAUUUUUAAUUGUUUUUUUAAUGCCUUAUAUUGUAUUCUUACUGAAUUAUAAUUUGAAAUCUAUGGCAUUUGAAUUGGAAUACAAUAUAGAGAAAACAAAAGGAACAAUAAAAAUACAAUU